CUCUUCAGCCGUCGUUCCCUUUUUUUUUUUUUUUUUUUCUCACCAUUUAUUCUCUCUCACAUUCUUAAAACUUUCGUCUCCCAUCGUAUUCCUUCCCCACACUCCUUAAAAAAGAAAAAGAAAAAGAAAUAUCUCACUGCAAAACUCCUUAAAAAAAAAAAACUGAUUUUUCUCCAUCACCCCCAAAAAUCUCACCGCAAAUUCCCCAUGUUAACACUCAAAUAAAACCCCAGAAAAACUUUCCCAGCAAAAAUCAAGAGCAGAGGAGCAAAAACCAGAAAAUCAAGAGCAGAGGAACAAAAACCAGAAAAUCCAGCCAACUCAAGGGAAAUUAAAGGAAGAAAAGCAAUGUUUACAACUAACGAAGUACUGCCUGAAGACUUAAUUAUACAAAUUUUGCUAUGGUUGCCGGUGGUGUCUUUAUUGCGAUUCAAGUAUGUCUGUAAAUCAUGGUGUGCUCUCAUUAAUGGCCAAAACUUCAUCAAUAAGCACCUUCUCCACAACCAGACCACCUCUAACAAGAACAGGAACGCCGGUUUCCUCCUUAUCCAACGCCAAAAAUCUUCCAAUGAUCGUGUUUUCUCCAAGCUUCAAUAUGAAUCUCUUGAAAUAUUGUCAACACAAGCUGUUCCUUCACCGUAUUUUGGUAUUCCUAAGCAUAUACAAAUUAACAUAGUGAGCUCAAUUAAUGGUCUCGUUUGUCUGAAUCUUAACACUGCAAACCCAGAUAUUGUUCUAUGGAAUCCAGCAACAAAUGAAACAAAAGUUCUUCCCAAGUCCGGUAUAUCCUACCCCCAGGGUAGAACCUUAACUAGAGAUGUUGGGUUUGGUUUCGACUUCAAAACUAAUGACUACAAGGUGGUCAAACUGUUAGAAAUCUUUGACCCAGAUUCUGAAUAUCGUAUCGAUGAUAUAAAUUAUUUUUAUGCAGCUGAGGUAUAUUGCUUAAGUACUGGUUCAUGGAGAAAAGUUAGUACUUCUGCGCCCGGUUAUUUUAUGGACUCUGGUUGUUAUAAGACAUACACGAAAGGGAUGUUUUCUUGGAGUGCAAGUAUUCGUGAUGAUCUUGAUUUCUUUCCUGGCAUUUUAUCAUUUGAUAUGAGCAAUGAGGUAUUCCUAACAACAACAUUACCAGAUGGCGAUUUGGAGGAUCCCAAUGGUACUUGGAGAAUUUUUUUUGUGCUUAAUGAAUUGGUUUCUCUAGUUACUUUUGGUAAAGAUAGAGAACGAUUGGAGAAUUGUUUUUAUAUUUGGUCACUGCUUGAAUAUGGUGUUAAGGAGUCUUGGAUUAAGCUAUUCACUAUUGGACCUCUUAUGGGAAUUGAAAAGCCACUAGGAUUUUGGAAGAAUGAAAGCUUGUUUUUGAGAAAUAAUGAGGGGCAAUUGCUCUUGUAUGAUCCUUCGGCCCAAAAAAUUACUAAUCUUCAAGUUGAUGGACGACCGAUGCAGAUGAUUACUUAUGUUGAGAGCCUAAUUUCUCUUAAAGGAGGAAAUGAUCUUGAGGAACAAGGCAAUUCAUAAAAAUGAUUCAAUACUCAUCUAUAUCUCAGCAAUAAGUGUUUGCAAGCAACAUGCAUGAUUGUUUACCAUAUUUUUCUAAUAAAGUGUUAAUGUUUCCAAGUGA